AUGUCUUCAGACGAGAUAGUCUGGCAAGUCAUCAACCAGCAAUUUUGUUCGUUCAAGCUCAAGCUAAGCACGAAAGAGCAAAACUUCUGCCGGAACGAAUACAACCUGACGGGGUUCUGCAACCGACAGUCGUGCCCGCUCGCGAACUCGCGGUAUGCCACGGUACGACCAGACCCUGAGACGGGGGCGCUGUGCCUGUUCAUCAAGAGCCCUGAGCGGACGCACCUCCCGUCCAAAUGGUGGGAGAAGGUCAGGCUGCCGAACAACUACGAGAAGGCGCUGGCGCAGAUCGACGAGAAGCUGGUGUACUGGCCGAAAUUCUACAUCCACAAGUGCAAGCAGCGGCUCACGCGGCUGACGCAGGUGGCGAUCCGACAGCGGCGCAUUGCGAAAGAGGAGGAACGGCUCGGCGAGAAGCUCGUGCCUAAACUCGCGCCCAAGAUCAGAAGGAGGGAGGAGACGAGAGAGCGCAAGGCCGAGAGCGCGGCCAAGGUGGAGCGUGCCAUCGAGCGGGAGUUGAUUGAUCGUUUGAGAAGCGGUGCGUAUGGUGAUCGGCCGAUCAACGUGGAAGAGAAUAUCUGGAAGAAGGUGUUGCGUGGGUUGGAGCGGGCCGAGAAGGGAGAAGAAGCAGAGGACCUCGAGGAGGAGGAGGAUGAGCUCGAGGGCGAAGCCGAAGCCGAGGUCGAGUAUGUCUCCGAUUUCGAGGAAAGCGAAGACGAGGAGGAGCGUGAGAUGGAGGACUUCGACGACUGGCUUGGCGGAGAGAGUGCCGAUGAAGUGGACGCUUCAGACGUCUCCGGCAGUGACGAAGGAUCAUCAGAGGACAGCAAUGAAAGCAGCGAAGAAGAUGAUGACGAGGUCGAAGCAAAGGUCGCACCUGGUGGGAAGAGGAAACGCGCCGCUCCUCCACCCAAGCCUCGCAAGAAAGCAGGUCGGGUUGAGAUCGAGUAUGAGACGGAAUUGCCACCACGGGAACUCACAGUUGCUUGA